AUGUCGUCCACCGACUCCUUUACAUUGGACGUUCCAACCGUCCUCUGCAUUGCUGUGUCUCUGUCUUUGAUGCCAGCUGCAUUCAUCCUCAGCAAGGCCCUAAUUCCCGCGCGCAAGACACGCGACCGUAUUCUCUUUUUCUGGCACGCCUACGACGCCCUGACCCAUCUGUUGAUCGAGGGCUCCUUCGCCUACCACUGUUUCUUCAGCUAUACAACUGUUUCCGAUGCCCCCCACGAGGGACCCUACUGGUUCAACGACCCCACCCGUCUCUAUGGCCCGAGCUAUGGCACCGGCCCGACCGCGCGACUUUGGCAGGAAUAUGCCAAGGCAGACCGCCGCUGGGGAGGCACUGAUACCGGGAUCGUUUCUCUCGAGCUCUUGACCGUCCUGCUGGGGGGACCCGCCGCUAUUUACGUCUGCUAUCUGCUAUUCCAAUCGUCGAACGAGACGCUCAGUGCCAAGUCUCGCGGUGGUGUUAAAGCGACAUUAUGGUUUGUUUCGAUUGCGUUGGCGACGGCAGAGCUGUAUGGUGGGUUCAUGACCUUCGCGCCGGAGUGGCUCACUGGGAGCACUGCGCUGGUGACCGAGGACCCGGUCUACCUUUGGCUGUACUUGUUCUUUUUCAACACCCUCUGGGUGUUCAUUCCGUUGUGGGUUCUUUGGGAGGCCGCUAAGGAACUGCGCGCUGCUUUCAUUGGGGUUGAGACCCAGACUGAGCUCAAGCGUCAGUGA